AUGAGGGACGAGGGCAGCAUGGGGGCGACCUCGCGGCGAACGCCGGGCGGGCCGACCUACCCCGUGGCCGUGGCGCCGUCGGCGGGCCGGGCCAGGGCGCCCGGGCUGACCACCAACGACGCGCUGGUGUACCUGAGGGAGGUCAAGCAGCGGUUCAACCACCGCAAGGACGUGUACGACGCGUUCCUGGACGUUAUGAAGGACUUCAAGGCGCAGCGCAUCGACAUCGCGACCGUCAUCCGCAGCGUGAAGGACCUGCUCAAGGGCCACAACGACCUCAUCCUGGGCUUCAACACCUUCCUGCCCAAGGGGUCGGAGAUCACGAUGGCGCCCGAGCGGCGGGAGGCGCGCCCCGCCGUGGAGCUGGACCAGGCCAUCACCUACAUCAACCGCAUCAAGGCGCGCUUCGCGCACGACGAGCGCGUGUACAAGAACUUCCUGGAGAUCCUGUGCUGCUUCCGCCAGGGCCGGAUGGACAUCCACAGGGUGUACCGUGAGGUGGCGGACCUGUUCCGCAACCACGAGGACCUGCUGGAGGAGUUCGGGUACUUCCUGCCGGACCACUCGCAGGCCGUGGAGCCCGGCGGGGGCCAGGAGAUCGUGUCCCCACCCUCCCGGGCCAUGCAGCAGCUGUCCGCACAGUCCCACGCCGCGCUGGAGUCCUCCUACCCGAGGCGGCGUUCGGCCAGGCAGGCGGUGGAGGGCGGGGCCGGCCGGCGCAUGGGCACUAGGGACAGCCUGGACUACGACCGGGAGGUGCGGUUCUUCGAGGAGGUGCGCAGCAGGCUGAACAACCGGGAGGCGUACAGCGACCUGCUGAAGUGCAUCAACUUGUACGCCCAGGACGUGAUCUCCAAGUCGGAGCUGCUGGGCCUGGUGCAGGACCUCAUCGGCCGGCACCACGACGUGAUGGCGUCCUUCAGGCAGUUCAUAACGGCCUGCCCCGGUGGGGACGACGAUAUGGAGGUGCGGCCCGGCGGGGGGGGCGCCGUGCGGGGGCCCCUGGUCUUCCAGAGGAACCGGGCGGGUGCAUCGCAGAGGAACAAGUACCUGACCAGGCCGGUGUCCGAGCUGGACACCUCCACCCUGGAGCGGCCCACCACGUCCUAUGUGCGGCUGCCCCGGGAGUACCCCACCCUCAAGUCCUCAGGAAAGACCGCCCUGGGGGAGGAGGUCCUCCAGGAUGAGCUGGUGAGCGUGACCACGGGCACGGAGGACGCGGCCUUCAAGCAGAUGAGGAAGAACCAGUAUGAGGAGAACCUCUUCCGCUGCGAGGACGAGCGCUUCGACCUGGAGAUGGCGAUCGAGCGCAAUGCAUCCGCCAUCAGGAGGCUGCAGCCAGUGCACGAUAGCUUGGAGGCCAUGACGCCGGAGGAGAAAUCCAAUUUUGUGACCCCGGAAGGCCUGUUCAGCCCCAUUCACAACCGCAUCAUAGAGAAGAUAUAUGGGGACCAGGGGAAGAACGUGCUGGACCUUCUGAAGAAGAACCCUGUUGUGGCGAUCCCUGUUGUUCUGCUGCGCCUGCAGCAGAAGGACCAGGAGUGGCGACAGGUGAAGGAGACGAUGAAUGCCAACUGGCAGGCUGUGUUCCAUGCGAACUACCACAAGUCGCUGGACCACCGGAGUUUCUACUUCAAGCAGGCAGACAAGAAGAGCCUCGCCCAGAGGGUCUUGCUGCAGGAGAUCAAGGAUGCUGUGGAGAAGGGAAGGAAGGACGACACCAGGCUUCAGGCCCUGUCAGCAGCCUGCUCGCUGACUUCAGCGCUGACAGAGCACAUGUCCCUGGAAUACCCCGAUGAAAUGGUCCAUGAAGACGUGUACCAGAUCGUGCGCUUUGCCUCGUCCAAGAUGCUGUCGUUGGACGCCCGCAGACAGGUGAUGCGCUUCUGGGUACAGUUUGUGGAGCCCAUGUUCGGGCUGCAGCCCCGCCAGGUUGACGAUCACGACUCCAUGGCCUCUGGUGAGGAGGAAGAAGACAAGGAACAGGCUGGGGAGGCUGAUGAGCCCAGCUCCAGGAUGAUGACGGAUAUGGACGAGGAGGAGAGGGAGCACGGGAGUGGUGAAGUGUCUGCACCGCUUGCCCCCCCCCGGGAGGCGUGCUCAGAGCAGCAGGUGAACGACGAAGAGCAAGCUAGACAGUCGCCGGAGAUCGGCGAGGCACCUCCUCCUGAGCCAGGUACCGAGAAGGAUGCCAGCGAUAAUGGUGCUGAGGAGCUCAUGGAAGUCGGGAAGGACCUACACGGCAGGCAGCAGGACCCAUCCCGACUGUUUGGCGGCUGCCAACCGUUGACAUCGAUCGGCCACAGGUGCACCGAUAUCAAGUCGGAGACGAGCAGCUCGAUGGGAGACAAGCAGUUGUUGUACUGCAGCGAGCCCUUCUACCUUUUUUUCAGGCUGCACCACUACCUGCACCAAAGGCUCAGCAUGGCUCGCAAGUGCUGCAAGUCUCAGGACCGGGCCAGCACACCCCUCCACCAGGGAAUAGAACCAGAUGCCAAUGCUGAAUCUGGCGAUGCAGAUGGUGCAGAGAAGAUUCGCUCAAUGUUCAUGGAGAUGGUGUUUCAACUGCUGGAUGGCAACAUAGAGAUGUCCCAAUUUGAGGACAGGUGCAGGACGCUAUUGAGCACCAACUCCUACGUGCUCUUCACACUGGACAAGUUGAUUUUCCGCCUCGUGAAGCAGACGCAGACGCUGGUGAUGGACGACAUAUCGCUGAAGAUCUGGGAGCUGCAUGAGUAUGAGAAAUCGCGGGCAUUCUCGCCAACCGACGAAUUGUACCAUUCAAACUGCAGGGUGAUCCUUCGUGACGAAAACUGCUUUCGCAUAGAAAUGGGCGCGGACAGAAAUCUGAAGAUCACUAUGAUGGACUCCCUGUGCGGGGAGUCCAGCGCCGGGAUCCUAAGGCCAGGGUUCGCCGACUACCUGAGGAGCUUCCUAGGUGAGGCGAUAGUGCCUGGAGAGGAGGAGGACGAGGGCUACGCGCCUGUGUUCCUGAGGCGCAACCUGAUGCCCGGAGAGCAGAGCGAGCGCCUUUCAGAAUGCUACGUGGAGAACGGUUUGGAAUGCAAGCUGCUGUGUGAGACGUCCAAACUGAUAUACAUCCAGGACACAGAGGACAUCCUAAUCAGAAAGAAGCGGUCUAAGGGGGCCGCUAGCGUGCAGGACGGUCAGCAUCGGCGACAGGUGGCAUUCCAGAACUGGCUUGAUUCGAAGCUGCCUGUGCUGGCGCUACAGCCGCCGUGCGGGCCUCCGGUCGCUGAGCAGAAUGGGAAAGCAGUUUAG